CCCAGGGCGUUCCGGAGCAGGUCAGCUGAACUACCGGAAAGGGCUGGCGGAGGCCCGCAGGAGGCAGUUCGGAGGUCUGGGUGCAAAAACCCAGGUUUGGGAGCUGCAGGCAUGCUACGUCCCAAGGCUUUGACCCAGGUGCUGAGCCAAGCCAACACUGGAGGUGUCCAGAGCACCCUGCUGCUGAAUAACGAGGGAUCUCUGCUGGCUUACUCUGGUUACGGGGAUACUGACGCCCGGGUUACCGCCGCCAUCGCCAGUAACAUCUGGGCCGCCUACGACCGGAACGGGAACCAAGCGUUUAAUGAAGACAAUCUCAAAUUCAUCCUCAUGGACUGCAUGGAGGGCCGUGUGGCCAUCACGCGAGUGGCCAACCUACUGCUGUGUAUGUAUGCCAAGGAGACCGUCGGCUUCGGGAUGCUCAAGGCCAAGGCCCAAGCCUUGGUGCAGUACCUGGAAGAACCUCUUACCCAGGUAGCAGCGUCGUAAGGGGCACUGGUGGAAGCUGGGGUCAGGCAAGAGAGAUGACCAUUGGAGGGGCAGGGCCCCCUGGGGAAUCCUUCCUGGUGUGUGGGGGGAGGGGAGGGACUUUGUUUUUUCCAAGAAUAAAUUUCAGUCCUGU